AGAUUCUUCAAUAUACACACACACACAUCACAACGAAGAAGACGACGAAGAAGAACAACAACGAUGUUCUUAAUCAAAAACCUCACACGAGUCUCACCAUCUACAUCAUCAUCGAUCUUGACCAGAUUUAGAAACUCCGGAUCAUCAUCAUCAUCAUCAUACACUCUCGCUUCCCGUUUCUGCACAGCUCAAGAGACUCAGAUUCAAUCUCCGGCAUCAAAUGGUGUGGAUCGGAGUCAAUACGAAGGUUUGAGACCGACGAGAGAAGGAGAGAAGCCGAGAGUGGUGGUUCUCGGGUCGGGUUGGGCGGGUUGUAGGUUGAUGAAAGGGAUCGAUACGAAUCUCUACGACGUCGUUUGCGUAUCUCCGAGGAACCAUAUGGUCUUCACUCCUCUCCUUGCUUCUACUUGUGUUGGCACUCUCGAGUUUAGGUCUGUCGCUGAGCCUAUUUCUCGUAUUCAACCUGCGAUUUCCAGAGAGCCUGGUUCUUAUUUCUUCCUCGCUAAUUGCUCUCGCCUUGAUCCUGAUGCUCAUGAGGUUCACUGUGAGACUUUUACUGAUGGCUUGGACACAUUAAAGCCAUGGAAGUUCAAGAUUGCUUACGACAAGCUUGUAGUAGCAAGUGGUGCAGAGGCAUCCACGUUUGGAAUCCAUGGCGUCAUGGAAAAUGCCAUCUUUCUCCGUGAGGUUCACCAUGCUCAGGAGAUCCGGAGAAAGCUUCUUUUGAAUCUGAUGCUGUCUGAUACUCCUGGCAUAGCGAAAGAGGAGAAACAGAGGCUGUUACAUUGCGUCGUUGUUGGAGGUGGACCAACAGGGGUUGAGUUUAGCGGUGAAUUGAGUGACUUUAUCAUGAAAGAUGUUCGCCAAAGAUAUGCCCAUGUGAAGGACGACAUUCAUGUUACCUUGAUAGAGGCCAGGGAUAUACUUUCAUCGUUCGAUGAUCGUCUUAGACGUUAUGCUAUCAAACAGUUGAACAAGUCUGGAGUACGGUUUGUGCGUGGGAUUGUGAAGGAUGUGCAGCCUCAGAAGCUAAUACUUGACGAUGGCACAGAAGUUCCCUACGGACUCCUAGUGUGGUCCACUGGUGUUGGUCCUUCUCCUUUCGUUAGGUCUCUUGGUCUACCAAAAGAUCCUACUGGAAGGAUUGGCAUUGACGAAUGGAUGCGUGUACCUUCUGUUCAAGACGUGUUUGCCAUUGGUGACUGCAGCGGGUAUCUGGAGACCACCGGAAAACCAACCCUUCCUGCUCUAGCUCAGGUAGCUGAGAGAGAAGGCAAAUACUUGGCGAAUCUCCUAAAUGAGAUCGGGAAAGCCAAUGGAGGACGAGCCAACAGUGCAAAGGAGAUAGAACUUGGAGCUCCCUUUGUGUAUAAGCAUCUUGGAAGCAUGGCUACCAUCGGUAGAUACAAAGCCCUAGUCGACCUCCGAGAGAGCAAGGACGCAAAAGGGAUAUCAAUGACUGGUUUCGUGAGCUGGUUCAUAUGGAGAUCGGCCUAUCUGACUCGAGUCGUAAGUUGGAGAAACCGCUUCUAUGUCGCCAUUAAUUGGUUCACCACUUUCGUCUUCGGUCGUGACAUUAGUCGUAUCUGAUCUAUCUGUGUCCAAAGUGUUUCAUCUCGGCCUACUGUUAGCGAAGUUGUUUGUACAGAAACACACAUCAAUAACAAGCUCCAGGUGAAGCUAAGAGUUUUAACUUUUUUUGUGUGUUGAGGUGAGUAAUAACUUUUUUUUUUUUUUUUGUCAUCUUUUGAAUAUACGGUUUUUUUGGUUGUUGAGAAUUCUUCAGAACGAGAAUUUUAAUAGAUUUAGUAAUAAUGAUUUUUCUUCAUCAU